AAAAUUUUAAUUCUUUAUUGCUAUUUCCACAAACCAAAAGAAAUGGACCAAAAAUAAUGAGCCUUUUUCAUUCCAAUAACAGAUAUCCACAUGUCAAACUCAUUUAUCUUCUAAACUCCCAUUCAGACAAACUAGUGGUUAUCCUUCUCCAGACACUGGAAUUGGAUAGCCUUUUCAUUUCCCACAAACAAAGAGAAACACAAACAAACACUGAGAGAGAGAUAGAAGGCAAAGCAAGUGAAGGGCAAAGAAGAAGAAGAAUUCACCAUUCAGCAAUGGCCGCUCUCCAGCAAACCCCAAUCUCCUUCCGCUCCAAACUCCCUCCCCCAACCUCCGCCUCCCUAACCACUCCCCGAACCCUCUCCUUCUCCUCCUCCGCCGACACCACCAAAUUGCCCUCCCUCAGCCGUCGCCUCUCCUACCGCCGCUCCGGUUCCGCCACCGGCGCCCGCAUGGUAUCCACCGCAGCCGCCAGCUACGCCGUGGCACUGGCCGGCGUGGCGAAAUCCAACAACACGCUGGAGGCGACGAGCGCCGACGUCGAGAAGGUCGAGAAGAUCUUCUCCGAACCGGCGGUGAUCGGCUUCUUCACGAACCCUACGAUCGACGAGGAGAAGAAGAGGAAGGUCGUGGACGAGCUGGCCUCGUCGUCGUCCCUUCAGCCGCACACGGCGAAUUUCCUCAACAUCCUUAUCGACGCGAAGAGGAUCGACAUCAUAAAAGACAUCGUGAAGGAGUUCGAGACGGUGUACAACACGGAGACGGAGACGGAGCUGGCGGUGGUGAGCUCGGUGGUGCCGCUGGAGUCGCAGCACCUAGCGCAGAUAGCGAAGCAGGUGCAGAAGCUGACCGGAGCCAAGAACGUGAGGAUCAAGACGUUGAUCGAUCCGAGCCUUGUGGCGGGAUUCACAGUCAGGUUUGGGAGUACUGGAUCAAAACUCAUUGAUUUGAGUGUCAAGAAACAGUUGGAGGAGAUCGCUGCUCAGCUUGAUUUGGGCGAUAUUACGCUUUCCACAUGAAUGAGUGAUUUCUCUUUUCAAUUCUUCUGUUUCUCUCUCUCCUUUUCUUUUUUAGACAUUCAUGG